ACAAUGAUGAGAAUACGGGAUGGAAAUGUCUCCUUGGUGACUGAGUUUAUUCUUGCUGGAUUAACAGAUCAGCCUGAACUCCAACUGCCCCUCUUUUACAUAUUUCUAAUGAUCUAUAUUGUCACCAUAGUGGGUAAUCUUGGCUUGAUCACUCUUAUUGUUCUAAAUUCUCACCUCCACACUCCCAUGUACUACUUUCUCUUCAACCUUUCCUUUAUUGAUCUCUGUUACUCUUCUGUUUUCACUCCCAAAAUGUUGAUGAACUUCAUCUCAAAGAAGAAUGUCAUCUCCUACACAGGGUGCAUGUUUCAGCUAUUUUUUUUUCUCUUUUUUGUAAUAUCCGAAUGCUACAUGUUGACCUCGAUGGCCUACGAUCGCUAUGGGGCCAUAUGUAAUCCAUUAUUGUAUAAGAUAACCAUGUCUCACCAGGUCUGUUCUGGGCUGUCUUUUGCUGCCUAUGCAAUGGGCUUUGCUGGAGCCAUGUCCCACACAGGCUGCAUGCUUAGACUGACCUUUUGCAAUGUCAAGGUCAUCAACCACUACUUGUGUGACAUACUUCCCCUCCUCCAGCUUUCUUGUACUAGCACCUAUGUCAAUGAGAUUGUUGUCAUCAUUGUUGUAGGCAUUAACAUCACAAUCCCCAGUUGUACCAUCCUUAUUUCUUAUAUUUUUAUCAUCAGUGCCAUUCUCCAAAUUAAAUCCACUAAAGGAAGAGCAAAAGCCUUCAGUACCUGUACUUCUCACAUAAUGGCUAUCUUGCUAUUUUUUGGAUCUGCCUCAUUCAUGUAUCUUAAAUACUCUUCUGGAUCUAUGGAGCAGGGAAUUGUUUCUUCUGUUUUCUACACUAAUGUUGGGCCCAUGCUCAAUCCUUUGAUUUAUAGUUUGAGGAACAAGGAUGUCAAAGUGGGAUUGAAAAACAUUCUGGUGAAAAUUCAAAGGAGAGACAUAUUUAGUUAG